AUGGAUAAGACGGACAAACUUCCAUUGGAGCAUAACGUAACCCCCGCUUACCAAGUUGAUGAUUCUGGAACUAUUUAUUCAGAAGGAGGUUGUUUUAAAGAGGGAGAGAAUGUUGGAAUGCCAUUUAUGGAACGAUCAAGUGCUAUGGAAAAUAUGACUUGGGAGGAUAGCUUUACAACCAUGUCGAGCAACGGGUGUUGCAAUGAAGGUGAUCGUUCUGAUCUUUAUUUGGGGAAAAUAUUUGAAAGCAAAAAGGAAGUUUUGAGGAAGCUAAAAAUGAUUGUUGUGUCUGCAAAGUUUCAGUUCAAAACAAAGAAGUCUAAUCCUUCAUUGGUUUUUGUUAAAUGCAUUGUUGAGGAGUGCACUUGGCGUGUGCGUGUUGUGAAGUUAGCUAAUUCGUCACGCUUUGUCGUUAAAAAUUAUUGUGGCGAGCAUAAUUGUGGGAUUAAAAGUGCAGCAAAGUACCAUAAACAAGCUUCCUAUGAUGUAGUUGCCGAAAUGAUGCGCAAAUUUUUUGAUUCAUCAGGACAAGGACCAAUACCAAAAGAGUUACUGGAAAACUUGGAAAGCAAAACAGGAAGCCUUGGCAAUCAUAAGAGGGAAGGCUAUUCAUUAUUACCAGGCUAUAGAAGGAUUUUCUCAUAUGAGGAUAGUGAUUUCUGUAGAUGGGACGGAAAAUAUGGUGGUGUACUAAUAUCAGCAUGCGCGCAAGAUGGUAACCAACAUAUAUUUCCGCUUGCAUUUGCUGUAUUUGACUCAGAAAAUGAUAACUCAUGGACAUAUUUUUUCAAGAAGCUAGCUGAAUGCAUUCCUGAUAGUGAUAACUUGUGCGUUAUAUCAGACAGACAUCAAAGUAUAAAGACUGAUGUUGCCAAUGUCUACACGCUUGCACAUCACGGAUUUUACAUGUUUCAUUUUAGCAUGAAUUUAAAGUCCAGGUCUAGUGAUUGUGACAUUAUCUAUAAUUUUUUACAAGCUGCAAAAGCAUACACACUGGAUGAGUUUUCUCUUUAUUUUGAUGCAAUAGUGGAAUCAAAUGUGAAUGCUGGAGUUAUAUGGAGCACAAGUCAUGUCUUUCAGGUAGAUAAACUCCCAUGUGAGCAAGCGAUAGCAGUUUUGAAGCUGACCCCAGGACAAGACAUAUAG